AUGAUAAGAUCUAUCACAUCAGCAGAAGUGAAUCUGAAAGAAGGUACACAAUGUAACACUGAAGUGACUGCAGACCAAGUAGAGAGACGAGUAGUAGCAACUACAAACCAGGUACUAUGUGAAGAACUACCUGCUGUUGACCUGAGUCACCUUACACCAGCAGAACAAGAAAAGGCAAAGGUGAUGUUACGUCGAGAAUCAGAAGUAUUUAAGAAGGAUAGUGAUGGAUACGGACGUAUCCCAGAUGUCCAAAUGAACCAGUUCAAAAGAACUACAUAUCUAUACUGCGCCCAUUAUAUCCCGGCCAGACCUACUAAAUUCCAAUUAUAUUCGGAAAUCAAGAUCUCCCUACCCAAGCAGUGUGGUGCGCAUUCGAAAAACAAUGAUGGCAUGAGACUACGCAAACUGAACAAAAAGACUAUCCCCGACCGCCACCUCGUACCACACAUGCAAGACACCUUAGACAACCUUGGUGGAAAGUCUUGGUUUCGACAUUAG